AUGAAACUAAAUACAAUCUUUAUCAUUUCAACUUUGUUGGUUUUUUCUUUAAUUCCAAACUUAAUCACCUCUUCCCCAAUUUACCCACGAAAAGCAUCCAAACCACUUGUCUUCGAAACCUUUACCGCAUGUAAGGGUACAUCGACGAAAGGUAUCCAAUUUGAUGAUUUUAGUGUCACUUUGACACCAAGUUUAGAUCUUCAAGUUGAUGUGAACCUUCAAGCUAGUGGUAAAAUUCUGAAAAGUAUACCUGACGGUAGUACGUUUGGCGCAAUCUUUCAAUCAUUAACAACUGGAUUAAAACAUAAACUUACCUAUCCUGUACGCUCGCUCUGCACCUUGUUUUCUAAAAAGAAUAAAUGUCAAACAGAAGCUGGUGACAUAAAAUUCAAUGUUAAACAAACAAUACCAGACAUUGGCUUUUUUGAUUCUGUUGCGCCUAAACCUUUUAUGAAAUUCGAAGUCCAAGGUUCUGACGGCAUUCUAUUUUGUAUAAAUUCCGAGCCCAAAUAA